AUGAAAGCAGUGGAAUCUGGACAGCUGAAAUCAUCAAAGCGUGAAGAUUCCUUUACUACCCGAGGCUUCUCCAAUUGGAAGAAUGCGACCACUGCCUUUAAGAAGCAUGAAGUAAGUGAUUGCCAUAAGGAAGCAGUUGAUAUCCACACUCUUCCUGAGCAAUGUGAAGAUAUUGCACUCACUAUGCAGAGGUCAUUGAGUGAGGAAAGGCAAGUCAAUCGUAGGAUGUUGCAUGUUAUAAUUAGGUCAAUCAAGUAUUCUGCUCGGCAAGGCUUGGCACUUAGGGGUCACAGCAGUGAUGAGGGGAAUUUUAUUCAGCUAUUAAAGCUUCAAAGUGAAACAGAUCCUGCCUUGCAAACAUGGCUGCCAAAAGAGUGUGAAAAGUACACGUCUGGAGAAAUUCAGAAUGAAAUUUUACAAAUCAUGGGCAAUUCCAUCCUUCGUAAAAUAUCUAAACAUGUGCACGAUAAUGCUUACUAUGCGUUGAUGGCAGAUGAAGUAACAGAUUCCUCAAACCGUGAGCAGUUUGUCAUUUGCUUUUGCUGGGUAGAUAGUGAUUCUUUUAGUGUUAAUGAGAACUUAAUUGGCUUCUAUCGAGUAGUGCUGGGCGAUAGUAUCGAUAGUUAUCACUAUCUCAAUAGUACAGUACUAUCACUAUCGCGAUAUUAA